AAUAUUAUAACAGUCUUGGAAUGGCAUAAAUGUUUUGUGAUGUUUCAGUGUUGCUCUAGACAUUAAAAGAUAUUUAUUGGUGGAAAAGUGUACUAUUUUGAGUUGUGAUUAUGUUGACCCACCAAAACAAUUAGCUCAGGAUGAAGUGAGAGUAAAACAAAAAAUAUGAAAAUGUAAUAUUUUGAUAUAUUACUGUGUUGUUUUGGACGUAGUUCGGUGUCUUUCAUAAGAAUUAGUAAUAUCUCAAAAUGUGAAAAUUUUAUCCGCAAAAAAUGCACCGUUGAAAAAAAUUCAGCAUUUCAACACGAAAUUCAAUUUUUGUAAGAGUAAUUUUGAGAUUAGGAAAAAUCACAUGGAACCUUUUUUGUAGAAAAUUUUUUAUUUGGGAAGAAAAUUGGAGCUCGACAACUCUGCUACAAAAUAUAGCUUUAGUUUUCUCAUUAUUUAGCGAAAAUAGCUGGUGUUCAACAACUUAGAAAAAAGUAACCAAACUUGUCAACUAUGAAAAAAUCUAACAUUAGUAGAAGUAGUUUUUUUUCCUAUCACGGAGAGAGUUCAAAGGUACAAUUGAUCUCAUUUUAAAGGUAAUCGUCUAAUUGAUGACCUCAAGCAAGAGUUUGCUGCUGGGUGUAGCAGAGUCACAGACAUAUGUGUUUUAAGUUCACCCAGAUGCAGUUGAAAAGUAGAAACUCUAACGUUUGAAAUGCACUUUCUUUCAUCCCGAAAUGUUGAGGAGACAAAGCAGUUUCUUCUUUACCCGGUGAUGUAAUUCCCCUCAUACUCUACCUGGAGCAAAAACUGUUUAGUAAGAUGCGACCCCGAAGUUUGAGCGCAUUUUACAAAGAAAUAACAGGUCUUAGGGAAAACUUUUUUUGUAGAAAGUUUCUGAAACUAUAUUUUUGAUAUCUUUACUUUUCCCGAAAUUUGGCAUAGAUUUCGAGUUAUUUGCAAAAUUCCAAAUUUUGAAAAUUUAAACAAAAAUCUCUCUCUUAGUGGUCAAAAUUUUGAUGUUAACUUUCACUGUAUCGAUAGAGCACUCUCAGAAUUACCUAAAUCCAGAAAAUCAGCGACUAAUUUUCGUGGGUUUUGGCUCUAAUUAGGCUCUACUCACUGGACUAAAUUCUCAGUCGAUUGCGACACAUGUCGAUCGUCCUCCUCCUUAUCUAGACUUCUAAUAUCUAAUGUGAAUUACGGAGUUUGAACAAACUGAAAAUAAAUAUUGGCAAUUAACCAAUUUAAUAAUCGGAAGUUCUCCAUUUUAAAAAAAUCAUAGCUGAUAUUUUUGGUCAAAUCUUUUAUUGCUUGAUUUCAAAAGUUGAUACUUGAACUGUGUAAUCAUAGUAAAAAAUUAAAAACUUUCCUAUUGCGAACACAGAUUAUCUGGUUCACUUGAUUAGAUAAUAAGUUUGGAGAGAUAAAUAUGUUGAAAUGUUGAAUUUGAAUCGCUUUCCAGGCUUUGUAAGUGCGUAUGAAUGAUUAAAUCAGUCGGCAAAGUGUUAGCUAUGGCAAAAGUACCCACAAUCAAGUUCAAUAAUGGACAAACGUUUCCAGUUUAUGGUCUAGGAACGUGGAAAUCUCAACCAGGUCAAGUAACCCAAGCCGUAAAAGAUGCAAUCGAUAUCGGCUACCGCCAUAUUGACUGUGCUUACAUUUACGGAAACGAACCUGAAAUUGGUGAAGCGAUAAAAGCUAAAAUAUCCGAUGGAACUGUGAAGCGUGAAGAGCUUUUCAUAACGAGUAAACUAUGGAAUACCAUGCACAGACCAGACUUAGUGGAACCUGCUAUUAGAACCACAUUGAAAAACCUUUGUAUCGACUAUCUUGAUUUAUAUUUAAUCCAUUGGCCAUUUGCCCUGAAGGAAGAAGAUGAAUUAUUCCCAACAAAUCCAGAUGGUACCACUGCUUAUAGUGACGUAGACUUUGUUGACACAUGGAAAGAGAUGGAGAAGUUGGUGAAAAAGGGACUAACAAAAUCUAUUGGUAUUUCGAAUUUUAAUAAAAGACAAACCGAGCGUAUUCUACAAAAUUGCACAAUUAAACCCGUAACUAAUCAAAUUGAAGUUCACCCCCAUUUGAAUCAACAGAAAUUGAUUGAUUAUCUAAAAUCGAAAGACAUCACAGUAACUGCUUACAGUCCUUUAGGUUCGGGAGACCCGAAAUUGAUGGAGGAUCCUAAAAUCAAAAAAAUUGCAGAGAAAUACAAGAAAACAACUGCUCAAGUAGCUUUAAAAUAUGCGGUUCAAAGAGGAUUAAUAGUUAUACCUAAAUCGGUCACCAAGUCUAGAAUUCAGGAAAACUUUAAUAUUUGGGACUUCAAUCUCACUAAAGAAGAUAUUGCAUUAAUGAAUACUUUCGAUUGUAAUGGAAGAACCUGCCCUUACGCAGAUGCCUAUACACACAAGGACCACCCAUUCAUCAAUGAUGAAUAUUGAUCCAGCAAGAAACUGCGAAUAGUUGUGUUAUCAUAAGUUUAAUCGAAUUGUAUUGUAAAGAUAAAACGUUUUAUGUAAGUAAACUGUUGGAACAGAAUUUUAACUUUACAAUAAAUAAGGUUAAUGAA